UGGAACAAUUGUACUCGUUAAUUGGAGUGUGCUGUGCGUUAAUUAGAGACGUCUCUCCCUGAACUCUGGCUGGAGAACACGGAGAAGGAUCUAGAGAGAUGGCUUUCUCGUUAUCCCUACGUCGUGGAUCGUCACUCUUUCGUUAUAGACGCAGCUCAGCCGCUGCUGUUAAAUCGCUAAACGGACGCAGUCUACACGCAACCAGCAGAGUCCUAGGGCCAGGUAGCGGUGAGUUAGAGGCUGCGUCCAAGAGAGUCACUCAGCUGUCUAAAGACCCUGGGAACGAAGCCAAGCUCAAGCUGUAUGCACUCUACAAACAGGCUACUUUUGGGUCGUGCAACAAGGACAAACCAGGUGUGUUUGACCUGGUGGGCAGAGCCAAGUGGGACGCAUGGAACAAGCUGGGAUCUAUGGACCAGGUCAGCCAAUAGUACCAGCUGCUUGAGUCAACUUUCGCUACUUAUAAAUUC